CUAAACUCCCGACGCUGGUUCUCCAAUAAAUUACCAAAAUCCCUGUACUCAAUUGACCGUCUUGGAAAGCUGUUUAAAGCGUGAGCCAGAUAAUGCUUGGGCUCGGUGCUUACGAGAGCAGCGACGAAGAAGAUGUUGGCAAGUCUCCAGCUCAGCAAGUGAAGCCACAAAAGGGCGAAGCAGCAGAAGGACCAGCUCCUGAGAUAGUGAAAAAGGAUAAUUUUUCUACAAUAGAACAGAAGGAUCCUGCGGCUGCGGAAUCAAUAUCAUCAGCACCACCGACGGAGCCCGCUUCCACAUCCAUUCAAGAAGAAUCAGCAGUUGAAGGACCAAUGGUUGGGCCAACUGGACCGCCGGCAUCACCGCCUCCGAUGGACGGGGCAGAAUCAAGGCCGCAGUCUCCGUACAGCGCAAAUCGAUCACUGUUGCGCGACCUAACAUUACCUACUGUACCAAACCUCGAUAUUCCUCCUUCGCCCCCUGGAUCACCGCCGCCACGGACAACAGCAAAAUUUGCGCAUUUCCUUCAAUUAAAGAGAGAAGGCGUCCAUUUUAACGACAAGCUCUCCAAAUCAUCGGCGCUGAAGAACCCGAGCCUCUUGCAGAAAUUGAGAUCUUUUGCUGGAAUCGAUGACCAGACGCAAUACGCAACUACUCUACCAAGUGAUAUAUGGGAUCCGCAAGCAUUUCCUGAAUGGGCAUACAAGGAAGAGCUCGCGAAGAGCCAGCAAGAAGUAUUGAAACGGAAAGAGGAAGAAAAGGCAAAAAUGCAGAGGGAGGCUAUCGAUUUUGUGCCAGCUGCUGCUUCGGGCGAUUCUAGUCGGGUUGCAACACCAGGAUCAACGGGCAGCGGUCGACCAAGUAUGAGAGGUAGCGCUGCAGAGAGAGUAAUGGCCGGACUAGACCGCGAAAGGACCCGCUCUCCCCAGGUCCAGGACAGCCGAAAACGAAAAGAUCUUGAAAGGCGAGGAGGCCGAUAUGAAGGAUACAGAAGCAGAGAUCGCAGCAGGUCAAGGUCGCCGCGGCGCAGACGAUCAAGAUCCAGGUGAUCAUUUCUCGGUUUACUGCUGGCGGGUUUUCUUGUCUCAAAGGGGCGUUUUAGGGCACAAAACAGGGCAUCUUCCUCUGUAAAGUCGAUAAUUUCUUUUAUAUAUAAAAACACCAUUUCUUCAAAACCAAAUAAAAGGACCUAU